AUGUCAGAUUCCAUGAACGGAGUGAGCGACAAGCCGACGGCUGAAACCAAGGAGAAGGGGAAGACUUAUAGCAGAUAUCAGAGCCAUAAGGAACCAAACGAGCGCAGAUACACCCCCGAGGAGAUCCAAGCUUUCGAUGAAGGGCGGAAGAUUCUUGCAGAUUGGGGCGACGAUGAACUCUCAGAGAAACACCUGAAGCUUAUCCAGUGGAUCGACCGAGACCACUUCAGGGGAGAAAAGCUGCAACAGCGCUGGUCCGACGAAGGAUACCGUGGAAAGGGGGAAAAGCUGAUAAGUCAUACGGUACUGAAUAGAUGGUACAACGAACGAGCAGAGAAAUUCUAUGCGAAAAAAGGACUUGUCUGGGUGCCACUGAGAAAGCGCCGGGAUCGUAACACGAAAAUUUCAGUACAAUCGAAGUCGACGCUGCUGGUACCAAAGCGAACAUCAGACCGUUCCGGUGCUAUUCCGAGGCCCCAGGAGAAGACAAAGGGCAGGUUUCGAAAGAGAACGAGCUUUGAGAAACUUGAUUUAAAGCUUCUAAACCUUUUCUCAAAGACUGUCAAACCUACGGCUAUCAUUGUCAACCUCAGUGCGAAACGAAAAUUGCAAAGCGACAUCAACCGCUAUCAUGCCAAUCAACAGAGCAUUCAUGCUAUAAGCUUCAGGCGCAAAGAUGGGGACGCUCCCCGUGGACAUCCUAGCCGGCCUUUAUUGCGACGAGACAGUGCAGUAAGAUACUGCACAUCCCUCCGGGAUAUGCUGAAGGCCAACCCACACACCAACACGAUCGUUUAUGGGGAGGAUAUCGACCAGAUCACCGUUCGGCGGUUUAUCGCAUGCGUGUCGCCUUCCAUACGAGCUGGCUUGCCAAUCCACGAUCUGGUGGAGAUCGUAGAAAACAGUCAUAAGACCAUCAUGUCCACCCAAAUCCAGUGGAGUAUGCAGGAGCUGCAGGAUCUUUAUAUCUUCUCCCAUCACAUGGGAGCGAGCGAUGUAUGCGACAUGGUAAUUGAUCGAUGGCACGAAGAGCUACAUCGGCCAACGGUCCGUAUGCUCUGCACUGAGCUGGGAAGUAUAGAAGCCUUCAACAUUCUUGGUUUCGAACCUGCCUUCUUGAACUAUCUCGCUGAGCAUGAUCAUAAGGGCUUCGAUUUCCUCAUCGAGGUACUCGUUAUAAAGGGUGAGGAGGGCUGGAAACUCCUUUCCACUUACGGCUUGAGCAGCUGGAGUGAAGAGGUGAAGACAGCAGUAAUCGAGAAGCUGGAAUCCGUCGACCCCGUUUCCGUAUCAAUCAAUGAUACAGAUGCGAUAUGUCAGGGGUAUCAUCACCAUCAUGAACACGGCGGCAAAUGUUAUAGGGUUCAGGCCACCGCAGCGCCUUUAGCUACGUAUCCCACAACACCCGUUACGCAUAGCAAGCGCGUCAACUUCUUCAACAAGUAUCCUCAGCCUGUCGCUCCCGGCAACACCAGGCGCUGGGAGAUACAACGCGCAUUCUCAGAGAAGGAGCAAGAGAUUAAGAAUAAACGCAAACGCAGGCGCAAUGAAGACAUCCCUGAACUCGAUAGCGACGCGCACAUCCAGAAGAAACUCAAGGAAUUCUAUGAGGAUAGUGACGACCGGGGCCCGUACAACCGCGCAGAGGACCCAGAUGACAGCGACGAUGAUACUCACGAACUCUCCAUCAGCCUUCCCGACGAGUAUAAUGACUCCCGUUACUACUUUAGUGCGGAUUCUGAAACCUAUGAGGAUGGGAAUUUCACCCCACGUUACACCACGUUCGUGCAAGUAGAAAAUGAUCGUAUCCGAUACAAUGGCAAAGGAAUGAAUGGAACGAAAGAUGGCAAGGGAGUCGCGUACAAGAAGAUGGCUCUUGUGGAAGAACGGCUAGCGUUGUUUCGAGCACAUGGGUACGAUGUGGACGGCAUGCAUGUUGAACUACCGGAUGAGGAGGAUGCGGGGAAUUAUGACGAGUAG